UCACGCGUAAGUAAACGCGUGCUGCGCGCUGACGUCACGAGGGCGGGAAGGCGGAGAAGAAGGAGGAGCCAAGAUGGCGGCCAUGGCGGCGCUGUGCCGGAGGCUGAGGGCACUGGGCCGGGGGCUCAGGGGGGUGCAGACCCCGCCGGGCCCUCCCCGCUAUGAGGAGUCGACGGCCGAGUUCGGGUUCGUGGAGCGGCUGCUCCCCCCCAGCCGCAUCCCCGAGCCCCCCCUGCACCCCAAAUACCCCACCCCGUCCGGCUGGAGCCCCCCCGCAGGUUCCCCCCCGGAGCUGCCCUAUUUCGUGCGGCGCUCGCGGCUCCACAACCUCCCCGUGUACCUGGGUCAGCGGCAGGGCCGGCGCCUCACGGCCCUGCGCCGCAUCCACGGCGACAUCUGGGUGAGUGGGGGGCUCUGGGGGCAGCUGGGGGGCUCCGAGCACCCCCCUAAACCCCCCCCCCCCCCCCUGUGCCCCCCCCAGGCGCUGGAACGGGACCUGAGGGCGUUCCUGGGGUCCCUGGGGGUCCCCGAGGUGCAGGUGCAGGUGAACGAGGUGACGGGGACGCUGCGGCUCAGGGGGCACUGGGGACACGAGGUGAGGAGCUGGCUGCUCCAGAGGGGCUUCUAGAGA